UAAAGUAAAACAAGAUCAAAAUGUGUCUUCAAGGAAAAACCAUUAAAACCAACCAGUCAAACCAACAACAGGAUAUUAGAGGGGAGUUGUCUUUGGAAUAAAAAACUUAAAGUCAAACCUCAUCAUGAAAGUUAUUCCAGAUGUUGAGUUACUUUCAGUUUGGACCACAGGCUGUUUAUAAAAAAGUUUUGGACACGUGAGGAGGAAGUGGGUGUGACACUGUUUUCUCUGGUUCAUGUUUUCGAACAUCCUUCAGAUCAACCCGGACGUCUGCGUCUCUCCUCGGCUUGAAUCACACUCACCCUGCUCCUUGGGAAAUCAUGGUGACACCGAUCUGGUGUCAAACUGUCUCCGCGGUUCUCCGUCAGAUUGAGCCGAUCGUCGUGCUGGAGCAGCUGGGCAGCUGCUUCUUCGACACCGCGCUGCUGCUGGUGGUCAGGGACCGCAGCUCCAACGCCUCGUACCCGGGUCUGUCCGGGGAGGCGAGCCGGCAGAAAGCCAUGACCGACUUCUUCAUGACCUACAACCUGAUCAUCCGCUUCGUCCCCAUCCUCCCGGCGCUGCUGCUGGGCAAGCUGAGCGACCGCGGCUGGAGGAAAGCCCCCAUCGUGGUGCCCCUGGGCGGGUACGUGCUGUCCCGGCUCGCCCUGCUCCUGGUGCUCAUCUUCCGGCUGCCCCUGGAGCUGAUGUUCGGGGCCGCGGUUCUCUUCGGGCUGUCCGGCGGCUACUGCGCCUUCUGGCCCGGCCUCAUGACGCUGGCGUCGCUGGGCUCCACGGCCACUGACCGCUCCAAGGCGCUGAUGAGGGUGGAGCUGCUGUACGGGGCGGCGGGUCUGGUGGGCAGCUUGAUCUCGGGUCACCUGUUCCUGGUGAACAGCUCCGGUCUGGGAAACGGAGUCGUCCUGCUCAUCGUGGCCACGCUGCUGAACCUGCUGUGUCUCAUACACUCCAUCGUGCUGCUGCAGGUGAAACAAGUGUCCAUCAGCGAGUCUGGCGAGGACGGUAACCUCCUCGCUGUUGCCGAGGCGCCUGGUGGCAUCGACAGGUGGAACAUUGUUCUGCUGUUCGCGGCCGCCUUCCUGUACGACUUUGCUGUGGGCGGAGCCGUAGAAAUACUGGGCGUGUUCGUGUUGAAAGAACCGCUCAGCUGGACAGCCGCUCAGGUCGGUUACGGGAACGCAGCCGGCUGCUCGAUUUUCCUCACCAGCUUCGUCGGUGUCAUCUUGUUUCGCCGCUGCUUCAGCGACGUCGUGCUCAUCCUGAUCGGCAUGUUCUCCUUCGCCUCGGGGAUCUACUUCAUGUCCUUCGUCACAGCAACAUACAUGUUCUACCUCGCUCGCUUGCUCACCCUGUUCGCUCUCAUCCCGUUGCCAACGAUCAGAUCUCUGCUCUCACAGCAGGUUCCAUCAUCCUCAUAUGGCACGACUCUCACCUCCCUGCAGCUGACUCUGAAGUUCGCCGGUCUGACCUACAUCCCUGCCUACACUAAGAUCUACCAGAGAACCCUGGAGUGGUUCCCAGGCUUCAUCUUCACGCUCUCCAGCAUCUUUACUGUCCUGGGAAUGAUACCCAUCAGUAUCUUGGGCUGCAGAUCACCUCAGUCGAGUCAGCGGUACAGACGGAUUCAGGGCGACUGAUUCACCAGAAGAGAGUUAACAUCGGCACAAGGCAGACGGGAACUGAAACGUGAAAUGAAGGAGACUCACUUCCCGUAACUGGAGGCGAUGCAGGAAAGGAGUUCCUGCUCUUGUUGUAAUGCUGUUACACAAGGAAACAUACAUUUUAUUUUUUCAUGAGCAUUUUACGAGACCUUAAAGCAAAUCUGUGCAUCUUUUUGACCCUAAAAUAGCAGUUUCAAAAUGUUUACUCUUUUUUCUCUCUUCUCACCGUCAGAAGUUUGGAACUGAAUUAAAUUAAAGGCUGAUGUUGGACUUCAGAUCAGUUAAAAAGACUCAGAAGUCGUUAAAAAUCUGAGUUUAUCUCCAAUAUUCAGCAGGAAACUGUUAAAAUAUGAAGAAUACUUGACAAAAUUUGGUGGAUUCGUUUCAGCGGCAGCUCUUCUGG